CUUCUUCGGUCUGGUAAUUACGCUGAAAGAGUCGGCGCGGGUGCUCCUGUCUACCUUGCAGCCGUUCUUGAGUAUCUCUCUGCUGAGGUCCUGGAGUUGGCAGGCAAUGCAGCUCGUGACAACAAGAAGACGCGCAUUAUCCCACGGCACUUGCAGCUGGCCAUAAGAAAUGACGAGGAACUUAAUAAACUCCUCGGAGCCGUAACUGUUGCUCAGGGCGGCGUUUUACCAAAUAUCCAGAGUGCCUUAUUACCAAAGAAAAGUGGAGCUAUCGUAGGAAAGAAGACACAAUCCCAAGAGUACUAG